AUGAAUCAAAGUGAAGAUUUACUUCCGGGAGACAAGGUCACAGAGUUUGACGAAACGCUGGCAAAUGUCAACUAUUUUUUAAAUGUUUGGCUGCUAAUGAUCCUUUCCCUUGUAGGUGUAGUGGCCAAUUCUUUAACAAUUGCAGUCUUUAGACAACAGGGAUGGAAGGAAGGCGUUAAUAUAUCUAUGAUGGUCAUUUCCGUUCUCGACCUGGUCAGAUGCCUGUUGACGAUUUUCAAACGAAUCCACGGCUUCAUUGAGAUAGUGUCGCCCUCUGACGGCGUGUCUUGGAGCAACUUGACCACGCCCAAUGCGGAAUUUCUAAACGUGUUAACAAACUACGUCACAUUUGCCAUGUUGGCUUACGUGUCGCUUGAGCGGUGCCUAUGUGUCACGCUGCCCUUCACCAUGAGAUCUGUCUUCAAUCACAAGGUCACGAUCACCACAUUGACGAUGGUUGCAGCUUCUGUUUAUGGUAUGUUCAUCUUCCUGUUUCUGAACUUUGACCUGGAAGCUGUCUUCAGCGCGAACUUCAACGCCACCAUCAUUAUAUUAGUUCACAGCCGUUUCUACCACACACACAGCGCGAUUGUUGAUCCAUACCUGAACAUCAUGUCAAUGCUCCACCCAACUUUGUGUUUCAUUAUACUUUGCAUCAGCUCUGUUGUCAUUCUGAAGCAGCUGCAAAAAUCACGUGACACGUUUUCGUCCAAUAAAAAGAAAGAUCUCGACAAUUUCAAAUUAUCUUCUAGUAUAUACUGCUCACCGACACCUAAUAUCAGAGUUCAAAGUAGCACCAAAGCUCACAAUUUCAAACUGUAUCACCAGGUCUGGACACAGCAACCCGUAGUCUGGAAUCUGGAACCUCAGACUCGUGAAUCAAGCAACAGACAGAUAACCAGAGAUGAAACCCUCAGUUGUGAAGCCUAA